AUGGUUAAACCACUGCGACCUGCGGUUAUUUCGAAAGGAGGGAAUUCCACUAAUAAUAUCAAAGCAUGGGGUGCGCAAAGAAUUUUGGCUAUGAUUCCACCGUCAGAUUCGGAACCAUCCGACGUUGAAAAUGAUGAGAAUAAUGAAGAAGGAGUAUUUUCACGUAUAGUGUUGGACGAUUCAUCUUCCUGUCGAACUCUGUCUCCAGGGCUGGAAGAAUUUUAA